AUGAGUGACCCAAACGGCGAGUACAACAACGGUCUGAACCUAGCCACAGCAGAAGACCAGCAACGAUCUUACCACCAAAUCAUGAUGAAUAUUGAGCAGUCAUGGAAUCCUCAAGGCUGGCAGCACGAGAUCGAAGCCGGAGAGAGAGCUAGGGCCAUUAUCCAGAUUGCCGUCGCGGUGAAGGAUUUCCGGGGGGAGAUGAACCAGGACCAAGCCGUAUAUAUAAGCACUGCCUUCGAACGAUCCGUCUACGAGAAGGGUACAUCAUCAAACGAGUAUCGUGAUGCGUGUCGGAUGAAAUUGGCGCAGAUACAAGACUCGAGAAGACGGCAAAUUGCGAAAGAAGAGGGAGAGUGGAGGAACCAGAACCCAGAGCAACAACAACAUCAAGGAAUGCAGCAGCAGCAGGGGUUCUCGUCACAACAACCGCAAUAUUCGAGUCCUCUAGGUCUCUCGCCCCAAUUCACGCAGCAGCAGCAAGAGCAGUACCAGCAACAGCAACGGCAUCACCAACAGCAACUGCAGCAGCAGCAGCAGCAGCAGCAGCAAAUACAGCAACAGCAACAGAUACAGCUCCAGCAGCAAUACAACCAGCAACGUCAGCUCCUACAGCAGCAGCAAGCUCAGCAGCAAGCUCAGCAGCAAGCACAACAGCAGGCCCAGCAACUUCAGCAACAGCAGCAGCAACAGCAACAGCAACAGCAGCAGCAGCAGCAACCACAAUAUCAACAACAACAGCCACAACAGCCCGUCUUCCAACUAUCUCAGCAACAACAGGUAGAAAGAAAUCAAAUCAUCCACGAAUACAUGAAUAGUGUGGCCCAAAAAAUAGGCUCGCCCAUGCUCCAUGAUAUCAACCAAAACCCCACCCAAGAUAUAAGAGACCUGGCUACAGCGUGGGGCAUGCCGCCUGCGCAAGCGUUCCUACGGCAGCAGGCGAUGAUGCUCUACCGACAGAGAGUGAUGUACCAACAACAGCAGCAACAGCAGAUGCAGAUGCAGGCUCAGGGUAUGAACGGACAGAAUGGAUAUUCAAACCAGUAA